GCAGCAGAGGAACAUUUUCAGCCUCUACAGAGGAAACAAUGAGUUCAACACAACAGGACCAACAUGGCGCGAGAAGUCAGCGCUCUCAGGAGGCUGACAAACCUCACAGAGGGAAGGGAGGAAAGAAAUACAUCUGUGAUCUGUGUGGGACCCAUUUUGCUAGUAAUGGUUCAUUAAAAAGGCAUCACGUCGUCCACACUGGAGAGAGACUGUUCACCUGUGAGUUCUGUGGAAAGGCUUUUACUCGGGCUGGAAACUUAAAAGCACACCAACUCAUCCACAGUGGAGAGAAACCGUACAGCUGUGAUCAGUGUGGUAGAGCUUUUACUCUUAGUAGAAGCUUACAGCUUCAUCAAGUUACCCACUCUGGGAUUAAGGCAUACAGCUGUGACUAUUGUGGAAAAACUUUCACCCGUAUAGAAAGCAGAAAUAGACAUCUACGAAUUCACACUGAACAGGAUGUGUACUGCUGUAAUCAGUGUGGCAAGAAGUGUGCAACAGAUUCAGAUUUACAAUCCCACAUGUUUACCCACACUGAGGAGAGACCUUAUCAAUGCAACCUGUGUGAUAAGACUUGUAAAACUCCAGAUUACUUGAAAAAACACCAACAGAUCCACAGCAGAAAGAGACUCUACAAGUGCAGUUACUGUGAGAAGCAGAGCCACACAGAUGGAUCCAGUUCUCAGCCCUGUCAUCGCUGUGGUGGUGGGAAAGCGUUUCGCUGUGACCUUUGUGGGAAAACUUUCAAUCAUCAGCAGAGCCUAAAAGCACAUCAGCGUAGACACACUGGACACAAACUGAACUAUUGUAAAGAAUGUGGGAGAAGCUUCCCCACAAGACGUGAAUUGAAACAACAUGAAAUCUUCCACAGUGGGGUUAAAAAGCACCUCUGUGACCAGUGUGGGUCAUCCUUCACCACUGCAGGUAACCUUAAAGCACAUAAACGAGUCCACACUGGAGAGAAACCAUACAAGUGCAGACACUGUGACAAAAGCUUCUCACAAUCAAGUCAUCGUAACGAACAUGAAAAUACACACAUUGAAGGGAACUACAGCUGUGACCUGUGUGACAAGAGCUUCAGGAAUCUCAGUUCAUACUCCCAUCACAAACGAUCCCACGCUGCAAAGAAACUGUUUCACUGUUACCAAUGUGCAAAAACAUUCACUACUUUAUCUGCUCUGUGCAAACAUCAGCGUGAUCAUGCAGGCCUGAAAUCAUUCCCAUCAUUGGAUCACAAUGAAUCUGCUGACUAUUGGGUUUAUUUCUUUACUCAAUGAAUACAAUGAAAAAUGCUUAAAAGUAAAUUCCAGGAAGUUAUUAAUUAAAUGGUGUAGGUCUGCGGUAUUCAAAUAAAAUCUAAAGGGGUCCAGUCAGACAAAAUUUCAUGAGGCCAAGGUC